CCGAGCCUUGAUGUCUCUCCGCCAGCUUGUGAGCAUUCAGUUCUCGGCCACGGAUCCUCGUUCUGCAGCGGUCAGAGAAUUUCUGCAGCGAUGUUUGGCGCCCAAGGCGCGCGAAUCUAAUCCAGACUGCAUAGUUUUUCAUAAUGUUCGAUCGGAUGACUGCCCCCCCGUCGUAUCUGUUGAGUUCGUUAACGGGUUCAAAGACCAAUUCAAUUGUCACAAACUUACAGUUUCUGAUAUCAUGAGCCGGAUUUGUGAUAUUUCUGAUACGAUGAACUCGGAAGAAUUGCUUGAAAAAUCAGGGUUGAAAACUUCAGAGCUUAAUCUACGCAGCUUCAUUAAAUAACGCAAUCUAUUUCGGGGCCCUGAAAUCUUCGCCUAAGCCAUAAAGUAAGGCCGAAGGCAGAGUAUCAGAGCCAAGUACUGGAACUUGGCCGAGUAGUCUUCGUUUUUUUGAAAGGCCACCGCGGGCGCUCACAUCUGUGGCUUCUGAGGGCCCAGAUCCUUUCGUUAGUUCCUGGAUACCCACCAGCGAUUUAUCGUCUAGUGAUGCUUGUUGAGCGGGCUGAACCUUCUUUGCAGUACCUGCUUUCUCCAUAUCUCUGUAGUCAAGAGCAUGGGGACUCAGCGGUUUCGUAGUGAUACCUUGACCUGGUAUGAUUUGGAUUCCCGAGGAUUUCGCAAGAGGAGAUACACGAUCGGCGGCAUCCUCAUAGGAAAUCGAUUCUAGUUCCACUUCAGCCAGUGGUAAACCUGUGUGUGCGAGACUUGACUUGCCUUGAAAAGUCAGAAUGUGCUCUUCAACUUGAUGCCCGAUACCUUUCUUGUGAAACUUGGAGCUUUCAGGAGCGUCAUGGUUUUUUCCAGUGCAAGACUGAAAAUCUUUGAAGUUAAGCUCAGCUUCUUCUUUGAAGUGCUCUCGAAAUAGGAUUCCUGAAGUUUUUCUUGAAGUGGAUAGCGACGUCGAAUCCUUCACAUGGGGACAGUAGGACUCCACUACCUUUGUAUGCUCGAGAACUGACAUAGUGUUUUUCUUGAGAUGUGAAACCUCAGCAUCUGCUUC